CCUGCUAGCCAUCGAAAAUUCACCAUGCGUCCCGAGCUCCCGAGCCCAUCUUCGAGCCUGUCUUACUGGCACCGAACCACUCGAGCAUUUCCACAUCUCAACUCCAACAGCCGUGAAAAUGUCCCGCCAUCCACCCGAUAUGUAAUCAUAGGCUCUGGUGUAUCUGGCGCACUAACAGCCUGGAAACUGAUCGAAAGCGGCGUGCCGGGACGAGACAUUGUCAUCCUGGAAGCCCGGGAGGCGGUUGGGGGUGCCACUGGAAGAAACGCUGGGCACGUCCGCCCUGAUGCGUUUCGCGGAUUCCCUCAUUUCGCUGCCCUCCACGGCCCCGAGCAAGCCCUCCAGAUUCUGCGAAACGAAAGGGUCGUGCUAGAGAAUGCCAAGAACUUCGUAGCCGAGAAUAGGGUUGAUUGCGAAUUCCAAUCUUUUUCGACCGUGGAGGUUUGCUUGACUCCAUCGUAUGCAGCCUUUCUAGCUGAGAUACUGGAAUCAUACCGCGCCGCCGGUGGUGACGACUCGCAUAUAAAGUUCUACGAGGCGGAAGAGGCUCGCGAGCUGACCAGAGUGCCUGGAGCUGUCUGUGCCUACGAGUGGCCGGCAGGAUCGAACCAUCCAGGCAAGCUGUGCCAAUGGAUCCUAUCCGACGUCAUUAAGAAGGGCGCUCGCUUGUGGACGCAUUGUCCCGCGACCAAGGUGACUGCGCAUGAUGGACAAGGCUCAAGCAAACUGCGAUGGGAUGUUCAUACCCCACGCGGCACUAUUUCCACCGAGACGGUAGUGCACUGUACCAACGCUUAUGCUGGUUACCUCCUCCCUCAUCUUGCCGACUUCGUCAUCCCUCAACGAUCGCAGGUUCACGCCUUUGUGCCGACGCAGGCCUUCUCAGGCGCAGAUGUUGCGAAGCGCUCCAUCUCGCUGCGGUACGGGCUGCAUAAUUUCUUCUCCUUCAAUCCGCUUCACAAUGGUACGAUCAUCAUCGGAGGAACUGGCGUCAGGAAUGCCGAGGACUUUAAUCCCGAUGUAUUAAAACGCUGGACUACAUUUGAUGAUUCUGGAUAUGAAGCAGCCCUUGCGGCCAACAGUACUCGCGAGUUCUUGGACCUAUCGUCUGCAGGCAGUCCGGCACGCCCCGCCCUUCGACGAGGAGAGGGCCUUGAUCAUGCCUGGACAGGCAUCCUUGGAAUGACGCCAGACAGUGUGCCGUUUAUUGGGCAACUCGAAGGCUUGGACGGGCAGUGGAUAUGUGCUGGGUUUAACGGUCAUGGUAUGGCUAGGAUAUUUACUUGCGCGCCCGGCUUGGUGAAAUUAAUGGCUGGUGAGCCCUGGGAGGCCACUGGACUUCCCAAGUGCUUCCAGUUCACGCAUGAGAGGAUCAAUAAGUUUAAAAAGCCAAAGCCAGAGAGUCACCUGUAA